AUGGAGGGAGUUGGGAAGGUGAAGAAGGGCGCCGGAGGGAGGAAGGGAGGCGGGCCAAAGAAGAAGCCGGUCUCCAGGUCCGUCAAGGCGGGGCUCCAGUUUCCGGUAGGGAGGAUCGGCCGCUACCUGAGGAAGGGCCGGUACGCGCAGCGCGUCGGCACCAGCGCUCCGGUGUACCUCGCCGCCGUGCUUGAGUAUCUCGCCGCCGAGGUGAGUGAUGUCCCCGUUCCUCCUGUUCUUUUCUCUGAGAAGCUUUGUUCCGUCGCCUCCUUUGUUAUUGUUUUCAGUGAGUUUGAUCUUGGAUCUAGGUUCUGGAGCUGGCCGGGAAUGCCGCGAGAGAUAACAAGAAGAACCGGAUAAUCCCUAGGCACGUCCUCCUCGCGGUAAGAAACGACGAGGAGCUCGGGAAGUUGCUCAAUGGCGUCACCAUCGCCCACGGUGGCGUGCUCCCCAACAUCAACCCGGUGCUGUUGCCCAAGAAGACCGAUAAGGCCUCCAGGGAGGCUGCCUCCCCCAGCAAAGCCACAAAAUCCCCGAAGAAGGCCUAG